ACGGUGAAGAAGAAGAAGAAGAUGGUUGAGAGAUUCUUCUCAACGAGGCAAAUGGAGGACCGUUCUCACUCUCACUCUCAUCCAAUUAUGCUUCUUUCGGGUCCUCCUUCCAGUGGAAAAACGUCUCUGCUAUUCCAGUAUGCAUACAACUCGGCGACCCAGACGAGCUUUAGUCAUCAAAACGUGCUCUUCAUUUGCAACCGCCGCAACUUAGAAUCCAACCCACCUUUUCUCUCUCAGGAUGUUGAUCCAUCCUCGGAUACCUUUCAGCACAUACAGAUGAAGUACGUUGAGGAUGAUGAAGGCAUUAAGAGGUACUUUGCUGCCUUUCACUUGCAUAACACAUUACCUUCCACCAUUAUUAUUGAUGACUUUGGAGAUUUCUUUGACGAGAGGAGCUGCCAAGAGAGAUAUGGUAAUUCGCGUGGAAGAGAAUUGGCAAUGGUUCGGACGCUUGCUUUAUGUCACAAUGCCAUUAUUCACGCGAAUGAAACAAGACCCUGCAAGCUUCUGCUGUCGGAUACGCACCGCGGAGACUCCCUGAGGUUGCUCUUCAUCUACAAGAGAUGGGUUUCCACCAUCUUUACAAUUAAAGGUGAUGGCUCUGGCUCGUUUAUUCUGAAAAGUAAUAGCAGCUCGGAGUCGAAGAGAACUGCCAAGUACACCAUUGCUCUACAUUAUUUGUGUUUAGAGGGAAUCACUGAAGAUUGUGAACAAUAAAAGAUUGUGACAACACCAAAUCUAUCCAGGUUUCAAUGGAAAAAAAAAAAUUACUUUCU